CCUAUUGGAAAUGAAAGUUAGAGAUUGGGGGGUUGGUAUGUGUGUAUUUACUCUGCAGAAUGUUGGUACUAUCUGCCCCAUUAUUAUAGCAAAAAGGUGACAAGAAAACUAGACUAGAGACUGAGAGUUCAUUUAAGGGAGGGUUUGGGCUUAAUGUUUUUUGUGGCAAAGCAGACAGCACUAAUUUAUUUCUUAGAAUAUCCACGAUGGCAGUGGAGUGGCCUUAUGGGAUUUGAAGGCUUUCAUUCUGUCUCCCUGUUCUACUUGGAUUGGAUUGGUCAGAGACAAGGACAUCCCAACUCUGUGAACUUCAGCUUGGGCAUAAGUUUCAGAUUGGCUUCCUAAAGUUAAAGAGAAAAUGCUGCUAUCGGUGACUUCCAGGCCUGGGAUUUCGACUUUUGGCUAUAACAAGAACAACAAGAAGGAGCCAAACAAAACUACAUGUCAUCCAAAGAUACGAAGCUAACAGAUGGAUGCUCCAGUAGCAUCCCUUCCUUAAGAGAACCUGGAGUACUGACAGCCAUACGUGUCAUUGUCUCAGCAGAUGGCACCACCCAGUCCAAGCAGCAGUACCCCUAACAGCAGCAGUGGGAGCAGUGGGAAUGACCAGCUGAGCAAAACCAACCUCUACAUCCGGGGACUGCAGCCAGGCACCACUGACCAGGACCUAGUCAAGUUGUGCCAGUCAUACGGCAAGAUUGUCUCCACGAAGGCCAUCCUGGACAAGACCACAAACAAAUGCAAAGGCUACGGCUUCGUGGACUUUGACAGUCCUUCAGCAGCACAGAAAGCUGUAACAGCACUGAAAGCCAGUGGUGUGCAGGCACAGAUGGCAAAGCAACAAGAGCAGGACCCCACAAAUUUAUACAUAUCAAACCUCCCACUGUCAAUGGAUGAGCAAGAACUGGAGGGGAUGCUGAAGCCCUUUGGCCAGGUUAUCUCCACUCGAAUCCUCCGAGACACCAGUGGGACCAGCAGAGGCGUUGGCUUUGCGAGGAUGGAGUCCACAGAGAAGUGUGAAGCCAUCAUCACCCACUUUAAUGGAAAAUAUAUUAAGACACCCCCUGGAGUCCCAGCCCCAUCUGAUCCCUUGCUUUGCAAAUUUGCUGAUGGUGGUCCAAAGAAACGACAGAAUCAAGGAAAAUUUGUGCAAAAUGGACGGGCCUGGCCAAGGAAUGGAGACAUGGGCGGUAUGGCCUUGACCUAUGACCCCACCACAGCUCUUCAGAAUGGGUUCUACCCUGCUCCUUACAACAUCACCCCCAACAGGAUGCUUGCUCAGUCUGCACUGCCCCCAUAUCUUGCAUCUCCUGCGUCUUCAUAUCAGAGAGUAACUCAGACAUCUCCUCUACAAGUACCUAACCCGUCUUGGAUGCAUCACCAGUCAUACCUCAUGCAGCCUUCAGGUUCAGUUCUGACACCGGGAAUGGACCAUCCAAUUCCUCUCCAGCCUGCCUCCAUGAUGGGGCCUCUCACCCAGCAGCUGGGCCACCUCUCCCUCAGCAGCACGGGCGCGUACAUGCCAGCAGCCGCGGCGAUGCAAGGAGCGUACAUCUCCCAGUACACCCCUGUGCCUUCUUCCAGUGUUUCAGUUGAGGAGAGCGGCGGCCAGCAAAAUCAGGUGACGGUGGAAGCCUCCUCAGACCACGGGGUCUAUUCUUUCCAGUUCAACAAGUAACAGCGGAUUUCCCUCCCUGUCUUUGUUGAUUACAAGGGAAUUCUUGGAGAUGCAGAUUCUCAGGACGGCAGAGGGCUACCCAGGAUUGCAGCCCCGUGUGGGCCCUGCUGAAGACUAACGUUCGGCCGUCAUUUGUCGCAGGCCUGGGCCUGGAGAAAGAAAUCUCUGCACUUCUACCCUCUGCUCUUCCUCCUGUCCUGACGGAGACUGGGAGAAAGGUCACUUUUUGUGUGUGCAACAGUCAAGGAGAUCAAAAACUUUUUCUCUUUUGUGAAGAAAGUUUUAUGUUUUGUUUUAAACUGCAGUAUUCUCUUUCCCUACUCCAAAGAGACAUGGUGCCUGGAGCUUCUUCUCAUCUUUAUGAAAAACAAUUUUGAUGUGUUGGACUUACUUGGGAAGGCUUUUUAAAAAAAAUUCUUUUCUUAAAAGGAAAAAGAAAGGUGUGGUGCUAGAACAUUGAUGAAGGAGUCUUACUGUGGGCCCUUCUUACCGAGUUUAGUUAUGGACUAUUUUGGGUGUGUGUGUAAGAAAAUAUGCAGACUUAAAGUUUUGUUUUAUAAAGCUCUUAGAUUACACAUCCCAUCUCUCCUUCACACACAUUUUAUGCCUUCUUUCUCUCAUCUGAAUUGUUUUUUUCUCUUUUCCAUGUAACAGAGCCUGCCUACUUUGCCUCUUUACAGUUUUUAAUUUUGUUUGUUUAAAUUUCCCUUUUGAAUGAAAUUUCAUAUGGGAUUUGGGGGCAGGGGGCUAGGCAAGGAACAAGGUGGAUCACUAAGCAGGCAGUGGAAGUGGCUUUUCCUCCCUCUGCCCUGCCACAUCCUGAGAGGAAAGACUAGACUUUGCCUUCAGGAAGCAGAAGUGCGAGCUAGGCUCACUGUGGAGACAGUUCCACAGCCGUUGGAAGUCAUCCUUGAUCUAAAUUUGGAUAAAGACUAGGUUUUCCCUGGCAAGUUCCAGAGGGAUGGACCUACUGACUUCUUACUAAUUCUUCUCACUGCCGAGGCCAACACCUUCUGAGGGAGUGUGUUCUCUGGGAACAGCUUUUUUGGAAUAUCUGCUUUUCUGCUUCCUGGAGCAUCUUCUUUUCUGCCCUGGGUCUCAGGGCCUCUCUCUUCCCUAUUGCACAUCCUGUGCUCAGAGCCCUCGCAUUUGUGACCUUGCUGAAUCCAUGCAGGUUCCUUCUCCACCGUCGAUGAUCAGCUGCUUCACCUCAAGAUCAGUGGUUCUCAAGGAGUCGGUUUUGUCCCCUAGAAGCCAUUUAGCAGUCUCUGGAGACUUUUUUGAUUGUCAUGCCUGGGAGUGGGGACUGUGUGCUACUGGCAUCUUGUGGCGAGAGACCACGGACGCUCCUGAGCACCCUCCAGGGCACAUUACAGCCCCAGCUGCCCCAACAAAGAAUGAUCUGGCUUGAGAUGUCAGCUGGUGCCAAGGCUGAGAAACUCUGAUGUAGACGAUAUUGUCCCUGCCUCCUGUACCAGAGGACUUGGUAAGUUCCCACCCCAGCCCUGACACACAGUGCCUUUUGAUGCUCAUCCAGCUAGUUGAGAGGGACAGAACUGAGGCCCUUGAAUUGUCCCCAGCCUUUGAUCUUUGGCAUCUCUGCAUACAGCAAAGUUGUCCUUGAAAGGCUUAUGCCACCGUGCACAUGCCAUAAGCACACAGGUGGGGACUGUUCUGUGUGUGUGCUGUGUAGCUGGGAAAGGACAAAGCUGGCCGGAACUGUCCAGAGCAACCUGCCCGGCCCUGGUGUCUUUGGGUCCCUUUUCCGGGGAACUAGGAUAUCAAAAAUAAUUUUCCUUCUUGUAGAAGGACAACAGGGAGCUAGAACAGAAAAGGGCAGCAAAUCCCAUAUCACUAUUACAAGGUCAGGAGUCCUUCAAAAAGGGCUAUAUUUUGCUCUUCAACUCCAUCUCCUUCUGCAAGCCCUGCAUCUGUGCACAUGGAGACAGACAGGAGGAUGCCUUUGUCCACCUUCUAGGAAGUAAGAUCCUGCACCUGUCUCUUUCCAAUCACUCCCUUCUGCACUGAAAGGAGAGUCCUGCUCACUUCAAGGUCGGUGCCUUUUCUCCGGUCAGUCAGAAAGCCCAGUGAUGGCGAAUGGAGAAACAGGUGUUCAUUAAGCUGACUCUGGGGGAGGAAUGAGAUGGUACUGAGGGGCACGAAGCUGCAGUGUCAGUUGUUGUGCAGAGAGCUUGGGCCCAGCUUCCCCUCCCCUCCACCCACCCCAGGGGUGAGAGUGCCAGCGCUUCCGACCCCUAGAAUGUCCUUUUGUGUAUCCCUGGAGGUAAGGGAGUGGGGGGAAGUGCAUGGGAUACAAAGUGCAACGGACAGAAGUGCCACUAUUGGUUUUCUCAUGGGUGCUUCCGGCCUCAGGAAGGGUUUAUCUAAUGGAAAACAGCCCUAGCCCAGUAAUCCUCUGGACGGAUUUGGCUGGGCACGUAGUUCUUGUUGCUGAGUCUCUAGCCCUUAGUCAAAGACAGCACACCAUAGAUUUCUUGUCAGUGGCCUCAAAGAAAAAGAGAAAAAUCAAGAAUCCUGUUCAUUUAAUUAACAGUAAUUUGGGAGAGCCUGGUUUUGCUAGUUUAGUGAAAUGAGGGCCUUUCACAUGUAUAAGCUGUUGAUUUCACUGCCGCCCCUCCUCUGCCUCCCAGAACUCCUGGUUCUGUCUACUUUCUUUGUAUUUAAAUGUCUAAAUGGCUGUGAUUUUGCUUUGUUUUGUUUUAAAAUUCUGUAGUUCCCUUUUGUGGGUUCUCCUGUGUGAAUCCACUUAAUAGAUUCUGCUAGUGCUUCUGUUUUGGGCAGGUUGGGGCAGGGCGAGUGAUGGAGAGCCUGACGUUGUUUCUGUAGUAGCUAACGGCACUGUGGGAUUUUUUUUAUGGUGCUCUUGGGUUACACUCAUGAUAUUUUUCCCCUAACUGUUCAUUUCUGACAGUUCAUAGCAUGGGUGAGUGGUUGGAGAAAGGGGAGAGGAGUGAGGGACAGUUUGGUGACAGUGGUGGCAGGGGAACUGUAGGGGGAGCUCUCAAGCUCACGGCCUAGGGCUGGGCUUUUAAUUUUUUAAUUUAUAUUUUUAAACACCUUUAUUGUGGUAUGGUUCCUGCACCAUAAGCUAUACAUAUUUCAAAUGAACAGUUUGAUGAAUUUUGAUUUACCAAUGAAACCACUACCACGAUCAAGAUAGCUAACACUUCCAUCACUCCCCAGGAGGUGCAAUUUUCCAAUUCCCGGUUCAUCCCUUCCCACCGCCUUUAAGGGCUGGCCUCUUUGAACACUAUACCUCGUGCUUUCUGAGUCCUGUCUUCACGGAGCCCAGGUCGUACUGUCUCCGCACUUCACAUUUCACUCCCACUCGUUACAGAUGCUCAUGCGUUCUUAAAAUAUUUGAGUACUUUGUAUUUUUCUGUUUCCAGUCAACUAGAACAUACCAGAAUCCCUUUCUCAGGUGAGAUAAGCCUUUACCAGCUCAGAGCCUGCCCGUCCCAUCUCAUGCCGGUGGUGUUAACUGCUCCUGUCUCACUCUGAGAUGAUACUCAGCCCGAGGCUGAUUAGUUUUUUGGAGGGUGUGGGUCAAGGUUAGGGAAGAUGUGGGAAUGAAGAUGGGGAGAGGUUUUAUUUUUAAAGAGUGUUUUUAACCAAAGAAUUUGAAAAGCUGCCCAGACUAGGAAGCCUGGUGGCUCUGAGGUAAUAAAUAGCCCUUGUCAGUAGAGACGGGAGUGGUAGGGGGCAUCGCUUGCGCUUGAGUAAGGACUCGACUUUGCUGCUCCACCAACCAUGCCUGGGUCGGGCCACCUCAGCCCAGUUCCGUUCCUCUUCCUUUCCUAACUUACUGAUCCGUGAGCUCAUUCAGCCCCUGGGUGCCUGCAGUGCUCAUUCUCUGCUGCUUCAGUGUCAAACCUUUGGGGCCCUACAUGUGGGUUGUUACGUUGCUCCACAAAGACACUGAGAGGCCUUGCUGCAAUGGAAUGUUGCAGGAAUCCCAACAGUAGAAUCCAUUCUUCUAGGAAAAAGAAUCAUUGCUGCUCUCUUGUGCACGUGCCCCACCUCCUGGGAGAGCAGCAGCAUUGCACACGAGGCGCUCUCCUGACUUUCCUGGCCAAGGGCAAUAAACUUGGGUGGGUGAUCAGGUCUGAACUUGUCCCCAGGCGCUACUAGACCAGCUUCAGAGAAGGGUGGGCAUUGUGGAAGCUCAUCUGUAAGGGCUAGAUCUGAAAUCUUGUGCCUUAUCAGACUGAUUCUUCCUGAUUCCCUCUUAAACCAACUACUCCAUCUCUGUGCUACCUGCAUUUUAGAUCAUGUUUACUCAGCUUUCACCCCUUCCUUUUGUAGGAGGGUCCUCCUUCAGCAGCCGAGACUGGCCAGUGAGCUCUGUCACCCUAGUCAUCUUUGCUGAAUUCUCUUCACCGGCCGCCUCCCUGGGGGUGGUCCCUGCGGCUGCAGUCUUGAGAAGGCUAGGUCCCCCUCCCGCUUACGGCGGCUCCUUCUCCCCGGCAUAUCCGCUUGUUUUGAAUAAGCCGUCGUUCUCCAGGCGUAUCCCAGAACUUCCUUGUCCUUGUUACAUAUCUACCUCAGUUUCCCAGUUCAGCAAGGGCACAAGCACCUGGUUUACGUCUUUCCUUCCUUCCCGGCAUGAGGUCUAAGAAGCUGGGAACUAGAAAGGGGCUCAUGAUUAAAUACAAAACUCUUGGUUAUUUGUUUCUGAAUGUCUUGAGAUUUUUUUUUACCUCAUAAUCACUAGAAUAGUGUGAACUCUUCAGUUAAGUCUUGCUGUGACAGGCCAGGAGGCAGGCUAGGUCAUGACUGCUUAGAAUACUAACGAAUGCUUGGGAGCCACCCCAGGACAACCAGCACCAGGGCAGAGCUCAGAACCUGAGGACGAGAGCUGGCCGUGGCUGCCCUGCGGCUGAGCAGGCAAGCAUGCGCCCAGCGGGAGUUCGGGGUUUGUACAGGGCUGGAAACAGAGAUGUUCCUUCUCCACCUUAUUCCAGUUAGUUUAGAGGGUUCACCAAAGCAGAAUUUCCAGCCUGGAGGGUGAUAAGCUUUCCCACCCUGAGUAAAGAAAGUUCUUGCCCCAUUAUUGGUGUCCACAUCCUCCAACACAUCUUUUUUUGGGUGGUUAGUGCUCUCUUGCAUGCACUUACCACUUUAGACAGGAAAUAAGCUUAAUUUAUACUCAAACACGUUUUGUACAUUUCUCUUCAUCCAGAGGUUUCUGUAGUAGCAUACUCUGGCCAUGUCUGUGCCAGUGCCACCCAUUCUUCUUUUUCUGACCCUUGGUAUUCUCAUGUUCCUUCUCUACAAUUUGGUAAAGCUUUAUUUUGUCUUAUUUCAACUUUUGUUUUGAAAUAAAACACAAAAUUCUA